CCAGCAGCACCGAAGCUGUCAAAACACAGAUUUGUGAGCCUUUCUGUCUGAAACAGUGUCGAAAUCCAACAAAAUCAUACACUUUUCAGAGCUUUGUGCAAAGUCCGAUAGGUGACGCUACUGAGAAACUUGGCAGCAAGGGAAGAGGGAGAAUAUGUUUGGAAGAGAAGAAGGAAAAAAUCAAAACAUUUUUCGUAGCGUCUUUUGCAUGUUUGUGGUUCGCAGCUUCGUGGCGUCUUUCGCAGCAUUUUAGCAACCUUGUACGCAUUUGUGUUGAUAUUUAAGUUAGUUUUCUUUAUGAAAAUGGACUCAAAUGAGAAAAAACUCUCGGUUAUAAACAAAUUGUGUGGCAAAAAUCGCCAUUUACAGGCUCUGCGUAAGUCUGGCGUUUUAUACCGAAGAGCCGCAAAACUGUUAAAGCAGUAUAAAGAAUCGGUGGAAGAUAUUGUGAAUGUGGUAUCGCCAUCAGAACUACAAGCAGCGUCGGCUUCACCGGAGCUGUUCGAUGGCGAGAAUACCGAUAUGGCAUCAUCAGUUGAUCCCGAACUCAUGCUUUUUCAAGAAACUCAGGAUUUGGAACUGAACCUAAGUGAAUCGGAAGAUGAAGCAUCGAUGGACGACGAUCAGGACAUAGCAUCUGAGGACGAUGAAAACGAUCCUGACUACACCAAAAUGACAAGCGAAGAGGGCUUACGGUAUUGGGCGCUAGCUCGAUCAGAAUCGCACGCAUCUUUAAAAAGUUUGUUAAAAUAUCUUCGAGCCAACACAGAUCUCCGUGUGCCUAAAGAUCCAAGGACAUUGCUGCGGACACGACGAAAUCCUGCUAUCCUUUCGUCCAUAGGAAAUGGCAAAUUUUGGUAUAAUGGAAUACGCCACUGCUUGACAAGUGAAAUGCGAAAACAUACUGCAGUGCCACAGACGCUUCAGUACGAUCUUAACAUCGAUGGCCUUCCUCUUCAUACGCGAUCUAAAACACAGUUCUGGCCAAUUUUGUUGAAGAUUGUUGACCAGCCGGAUUGGCCAGUGAUGAUCGUGGCUAUCUAUUGCGGACCAACAAAACCGGAAAGUAAUGAGCUUUAUCUGCGGCAGCUAGUCGAUGAGAUAAAUUUAUUAUCGAGCACUGGACUGAUGGUGGGAGAAAAUGCCAUCACGUUAAAAUUACGAGCCAUCAUCGCAGAUACACCAGCACGAGCUUUCAUUAAAGGUGUCCAAGGUCAUACUGGAAGACACUCCUGUUUAAAAUGUUGCUGUGAAGGAGAAUCGGUGUCACAACGAAUGGUCUUUUUGGAUACGUCUGCGGCAAAGCGCACUCACAAAGGAUUUUUAGAUGGAGAUUAUAUUCUGCAUUGUACGGGGUCUACGCCGUUGAUUGAUUUGGACGAAUUUGACAUCAUUCUGGAUAUGAUUGUUGUUGAUCGUCUCCAUCAAAUAGACAUUGGUCUUACAAAAAAACUACUUCACAUUUGGUACAUGGGAGUGUUAAAAGAAUGGAAAAGAUGGAAUCGCCAGCAACGUGAAGAAUUUAAACAAAGACUCCUAAAACAAAAACUCCCCUUUGAAACGAACCAAAAAAUGCGCCCGAUUGACGACCUAGCAUAUUGGAAAGGAUCAGAUUGCAAAACGUUUCUCCAUUACGUGGCUCCCGUAGUAUUGGAAGGAUUGUUGAGUGAGCAGGAAUAUAAGCAUUUUAUGCUUUAUUUCUGUGCUAUAACGAUAUUUUCAUCGACCGAACAUAAAGAACACUGGAAAGCUGCUGGUACUAUGCUAAAAACUUUUGUAGAAACAUUUGCCGAUGUAUAUCAUAAAAAAGCUGUUACGUCCAAUGUACAUAGUCUAAUCCACCUCGAAGAAGAAGUAGAGCGGUUUGGUCCUCUGGACUAUCACUCAACAUAUGCAUAUGAACGCAAGCUAGGAAAUAUAAAAAACAGGCUCAUUAGAAUUAACUAUAGAUGUUUAGAACAGGCAAUUCGUAGAAUAUCGGAAUUUGAAAAUUUUACAGGAGCUCAACAAAACGAUCAACCAUUUCGUCAGCCGUUUUAUACGCAAAGAGGGCAAACUAUUACUAUGAAUGUGAGGAAAAAUUUAAAGCUGCGAAAUGAUGAUGUCAACGAUUUAUUUAUGACCAACAAAAACGUAAUUUUAAAAUUUGUUUCAGUAAGACAAGAGCAGGAUAAGUUGAUGAUAGUUGGAAAAAUGUUUUCCCGUAUUUUCGAAUAUUUUGACGAGCACAUUUCUUCCACAAAGCUACAUAUAUACUCUGUUUAUAAAGAUGAUUUGAAAAAUGACGAGGUUUUAUUAGAAUGCUCCGAUGUCAAACUUAAAUUUGCUAGAACUAUCAAAGAAGCUGAUGGAAAUAUGGUAUUAUUUCCAUUAUUAAAUACACUCAAUGACUAAUACAAAAUAACUUGAUGAGUGAAUAAUAAAAACUAUUAUAACUUGUUAACAAAA